UUCACUUUUACUCUUUGGACAACCACCCUUCCGUCGCGUCGUCGUCGUCGCAUCGAUUGGCAGAGAGCGCGCGCGCGGGCUCUUCGAAGCAAAGCUUAAAUCGUGCGUUGUACGCGUGUUCAGCUAGUCAGCAUUACUAUCUUCAGAUAUUUCCCUCCGUCGUCGUCGACUGCCGCCCCUCGCGAGUUAGCUGCGCUGUUCCUCUAGUCGGUUCGAUUAGUUUCAGUUUUUUUUUCUCGGUUUUGUGAGCUUUCGUGAGUGACACCGCGACUAUCAACUGAGUAUCGGCUGCUGCUGCUGCUUGCUUACUGCUACCCACUACCUUGCAAGGAUCCGCGGCCAACGGUUUAGUGAAUCAACGCAGCUCAACUUUGGCGAGGCGCUGCUCAGAAUCGUGUUGAACCUCAACCGAGACGGAUCUUGUUGGGUGGCUCGUAGGGCUUUGAGUAAAACCGCGCGGAGUGGACUGUGAGAGGUGUGAUUUACCUGAUUGGUGAUAGUUAACAGGCAAUUGUGCAAGUUUUGCUAGAAUCCGAUAAAACGAAUAAUCGCGCGGAACUGCCAACGGCGAGAUGUCGAACAUUAGUGCAUUCUAUCGCGACAAGGUCGUGUUCGUGACCGGCGGAACCGGGUUUAUCGGGAAAAUCGUGGUCGAGAAGUUGCUACGAACGAGUGAAGUGAAAGAAGUCAUUCUGCUGGUACGCGAAAAGAAGAACACACUGCCGGAGCAGAGAAUCAAGGAUGUGUGCUCGUCGCCAGUGUUCGACAAACUCCAGAAAAAGUCACCCACAUUCAAGGAACGCAUCAAGGUCGUUGAGGGAAACCUGGAAAAGGAUGGACUCGAUCUGUCGCCCGAGAGCGCCCAGUACCUGCAAGACAAUGUCAACAUUAUCCUUCACAUCGCUGCCACCGUUAAGUUCGACGAGGAAAUCAUCAAAGCACUGGGCAUCAACCUCCGUGGUACCAGAGAAGUGCUUGAAGUAGGCAGAAAGGCAAAGAACCUAGAGAGUUUUAUCUACGUUUCAACGGCAUACUCCAACAGCUACACGGAACACAUAGAAGAGCGAGUCUAUCCACUCGACAUCAGUCCAGAGAAAAUUCUAGCCAACCUGGAGGAUGACAAAAUGAAGGAGGAAGUCUACAAGUACUCACUGAAGUGGCCCAACACGUACACGUUCACCAAAGCCCUAGCAGAAGCCCUGACCCAGGGCUACCGGCAGUAUUUCCCGGUGGCGGUGGUGCGGCCGUCCUGCGUCAUGCCCGCCCUGGACGAACCGAUGCCCGGCUGGUGCGACAGUAUAUACGGAACCAAUGGAACGUUCAUCGGAUGGUACUAUGGGUUGAUUCGGACUAGCCAAAUCGACACACAAGUACAGAUCGACACCGUGCCGGUGGACUACGUUAGCAAUACCAUCAUCUCUGUCGCUUGGAAAACCCAUGUCACCCGGGAAGAGGAGAAGGACGUUCUAGUGUACAACUGUGUGAGCUCUACGGAUAAUCCACUGACGUUCGACGAGCGGCGAAUCGAGUGCGAGAAGGUCAUCCAGAAGCACCCGCUGUUGACGGGCCUGUACAAACCGAUCAGUCUGUGUACCACCAGCGAUACGCUAUUCCGCAUCUACUCGUUGUUCCUGCACUACUUGCCCGCGUUCCUGAUGGACACCGCGUUGAGGCUGCGUGGUGAGAAGCCCCGUCUAGUCAGCACCUACCAAAAGAUCGACAAGGUGGUCGAAACCGUCAAAGUGUUCACCAACACGACGUUCUUCUUCGACAACGGCAACAUGCGGGAUCUCUAUGUGCUCAUGAAUUCCUACGACCAUCGUCAGUACCCGUGCGACAAUCGCUCCUACAGCUGGCGGCUGUACUUUGAGCGCAUCAUUCCGGGUCUGAAGAAGACUUUCUUCAAGGAGGACCUCAACAACGUGAAGCAGGCCAAGCAGGCCCUCCGCAAGAAGGAACUGACGGUCAACAGCGUCCUGGCCGUGCUGUUUGCCUUCAUGCUUUUGCAGCUGUACUAUAUGCUUUUUUGAUAGAAAGAAAAUCUGUUCAAAUCUCUAGAAACCAAUUAAAUUAGACGGUGUGUGGUGCUGUGGCCACCGUGCGCGUCGUCGUCAUGCAUGGAGUGUUCAGGUCUGAUUAAAAGAAAUAAAGUAAUUCUCUACAGUCCGUUAGGUAGGGCAGUGUCUAUCUAGUGUGUGAGUGAGUAUAACGAAAAUCUGGCGACCUUAAGGGCCCCUCGGGCGGAUGUGGAUGGCGUCAGAUUGGCUCGAGGGUAAUUCGUACGGGGGAACCUUGGACGGACGUUAAUAUAACGUUUGUCACGUGAGUGCAUGUCGAGCCGAAAGCAUGCGUUGAUUGCGAUAUGCUUUUGGCAAUGUGAGAAAACUGUAAAAAUGUAUAGUCACACAGAAAAGAUAAGUGCACAAGAACCAAUCAACCAACCGAUAGUGCAUUAAUACACCGGUCAAUCUUGAGUCUAGGGUUAACUGUUGCUUUCCGCAUACAUACAUGUAUUUAUUGAAUCGAAUUUGAGUGCUUUGUAUACUUAAUGAUGUAGUGUUACUUGAUAUAGUGAAUAAAGCUGAUUAGCACGAAAGAUUUA